AUGGAUAACUAUCCAUUUUUGGAUUCUCAAAUGAAUUCUGAUUUUAUGUCAGAAUUUUCUUCCUUUAUAAACGAAGUCGGUGAGGGUGAUUACACAGAUAUAUUUUCUACUGAUCAAAUAUUCCCAUCACGCGAUGAUAUGAUUGAUUGGGUUCGGAAGAUUGCAUUUCAGCUUGGAUUUGUGGUCGUCAUCAUAAGAUUUGACACAACAACUGGUGAACCUAGAAGAAAGACAUUCGUUGUGUUAGGCUGUGAAAGGAGUGGGAAAUAUAGGAAGUAUAAGCAAGACGUGCAACCUAGUGUGUCUGGCACGAGAAAAUGUGAGUGUCCAUUUAAGUUGAGGGGUAAACCUAAAGGACACGGUUGGGUGUUAAAGGUUAUGUGUGGUUAUCACAACCAUGAAUUGGCCGAGACUUUGGUCGGUCAUCCUUAUGCGGGGAGGUUAAAUGCUGUUGAACAGUCAAUUCUUAUUGACAUGACUAAGAGUCAAGUUAAACCCUCAAAUAUUCUUUUGACUCUUAAAGAACAUAAUGAAGAUAACGUGACAACUAUAAAACAAAUAUAUAACGCGAGAUACACUUACAAACGAUCUUUGAGAGGGUCGAGAACUGAAAUGCAACAGUUGAUGAUGUUGUUAGAUAGAGACAAACACAUCCAACAUAGUAGAUGUUUGGAAGAUUCUGACGUAGUAAGUGACCUAUUUUGGACACAUCCUGAUUCAGCGCACCUGGUCAAUUCAUUUAAUAUUGUUUUCUUAAUGGAUACGACGUACAAGACAAACAAAUAUCGUCUUCCGUUGCUUGAGAUCGUUGGAGUCACGUCCACUGGUUUGACAUUCACAGCUGCCUUUGCAUUGCUUUCAAGUGAACGCCAAAAUAAUUUCACUUGGGCAUUGGAAAUGUUUAGACGAUUACUAUUGACAACAGAGGCGAAUGUGAAAGCGAAAUGCAAGAUGUUAGUGGAUAAUGCUGAGGCAUGGGAUGGGUUGAUGGAAGUAUGGCAAAAUGUGAUGGACUGUGACGACCAGUCCAAGUUUGGUGGUUAUGUUUAUCGUUUUGAGUAUGCCUCUACUGCGUGGCCUUUAUUUUUUGAUUAUGUCAACCGUACAUGGAUCAUGCCGUAUAAGACAUGCUUCGUCAAGGCGUGGACGAACAAAGUCAUGCAUCUAGGCAACACUACAACAAACAGACUUGUUGGACGUGUUUCACGAUACGCUCUUGAACUUAUUGCUGAUGAAGUAGAGCGAGUGAAUAAAAUAGGUUUGGACAGUGCUCGUUGUGGAUGCAUUUUGAGCUCAACGUAUGGCCUACCAUGUGCUUGUAUGUUAGCACGAUAUGAGCCUGGAAUGAUUCCUAUUGGUGAAAUACAUGUUAUCUGGACCCGUUUAAGCAUUUCAAGAACUGUGUCUACUGAAUCGCUUCCAGAGUUUAGCCUUGAUCGUGAAGUUCAACUGGUACAUGAACGAUUCAAAAAUGUUGACAUUGGUGGAAAAGUCAACAUAAGACAUAAGAUGCUAGAAAUUGCUUGCCCAGAGAUGACAUCUAUGCUUGCUCCGGCGCAUAAAGUGAAGACAAAAGGUGCACAGAAGACUAAGGUUGCACGACAUGAGAGGUCUACGAAACGUGACCCAUCAUAUUUUGAGCACGUUUACACUUUUAUUUCCAGGACAGAGCCUUCUUCUUCACGAAAAUCUCAAGUCAAAUCGAAGCUGAAAGAAUUUGCGCGAAGUGUUGUACCAUUCUUAAAUCAAUUUCAUCCGAUUUGUCAACCAUACAUUGUCAAUGUUGUCGAUGUUGUUGCCGAUGGUCAUUGCGGUUAUCGAUGCAUUACUGCUUUGUUGGGUCUAGGUGAAGAGGCAUGGCCUACUAUCCGACAUAACCUUUAUGAAGAACUAACUCAGUGGCGUGAUGAAUACGCAAAUUUAGUAGGAAACUACGAUCGAUUGGAAGAACUACGUCAGUCAUUAAUUGUCCACGAUCGAUCACAAGUUAAUGCUAAGAAGUGGAUGACGAUACCGAACAUUGGUUAUGCCAUUGCAAAUAGAUACAAUGUCAUCUUAGUAUGUUUAUACUAUGUUCAGAGUUUUACCAUAUUCCCACUUCGCACUCCACCGCCUACUGAUAUUAGACAACAUCGGAUCUUAUGCAUUGGAUUUGUUAAUGGAUGUCAUUUUGUACAGGUUCAAUUACAAGAUGGUUGUCCGUUACCCAUGGUGGACAUCAUUUCCUCAAACCAUUGUUACCCAGAGGCACGAUCAUGGUCAACAUUUUAUACACAUAGGAUGCAAUCAUUUAUGGCAUUGAUGGGAGCUAAUCAAAGUUAUGUAGAUCUUGGAGAAGACUGA